AUCCUUCUUCUUCUUCAUUCUAUAAAAGUCUCUCUCUGGGCUUAUGUAUAUUUCGGCUUUCCGUUCUCUCUCCUCCUGCUAAUAGGAAUGUUAAGUUUGAUGGUGAUUUCUUCUGUUCGUUAGGUGGCAUUGAUAAUAGAGUGUAAAACUGGAUCAGUUAAGCACUACAUGGAUGUGUAAUCAUCGGUUUGGUUUGCAUUGUAAAGUCCAGCUUGUGCCAAACUGUGUUCUGGAACGGUCUGCCGCUUGAAAGGCUGUUCUUGAAGGGUCUUCGAGAAAUAGAGGACCCUUCAGGCUGGAUUUUUGGUUUGGUUUGAAGCGGUUAGUCACAGUAAGAUAAGUUUUGUGGUAUAGGCGGUGGGUAUAACUGUUGUCGGUUUGCUGAACAUGCCAGCUGUACAAAAGCUUUAUAAUGCUUGUAAAGCAUCACUUUCACCUAAUGGACCGGUUUCAGAAGAUGCUCUCGAGAAAGUCCAUUCCCUAUUGGCAGUCUUUAUUCAACGUUUGGCUUGUUCAGUAUUUGAUCAUGGAGAUAAAAUCAAGCCCUCUGAUGUGGGUCUUGAGCAAGAAGCACAACUUGUACGGAGUUGGAAUGGUACUCUGCAUGAGAGCAAUGGGGUACUACAGCCACCGCCACCAAUCAAAUACCUGCACUUACAUGAAUGUGACAGCUUCUCUAUGGGUAUAUUUUGCAUGCCACCUUCCUCUAUCAUACCUCUACACAAUCACCCUGGGAUGACUGUUUUAAGUAAGCUGGUAUAUGGUUCCUUUCACGUGAAAGCCUAUGAUUGGAUCAAUGUUCCAGGUCCUUUGGUUCCAUUGGAAGGUGCAAGACCGGCAAAGCUUGUUAAAGACUGUGACAUGACAGCUCCAUGUGGGACAACUACUCUGUAUCCGACUUCUGGAGGCAACAUCCAUUGUUUCAAAGCCAUAACUCCUUGUGCUAUUUUUGACAUCCUUUCUCCACCUUACUCUUCUGAGGAUGGACGGCAUUGCACUUACUUCCGGAGGUCUCCAGUAGUCGAUCUACCAGGUGAGCUGGAGGUGGAUGGAGUGACAUUCUCAGAUGUGACUUGGUUGGAAGAGUUUCAACUCCCCGAUGACUUUGUGAUCCUUAGAGGGCAAUACAAGGGCCGUGUCAUCAAAACUUGACAUGUUCCAAUUUUUUUGUUUCUGUCCAACUUUUACAAUGCAUUCAGGUGAAAGAGUAAUGUGUCAACCGCCGGUCUGAAAAUAAUGAUGAUAAUUUUAUAUUGGCGAGAAAAUUGGGGCAUUUGAGAUGUCCAUAUAAUUAUAUACCAUAUACUAAUUUACUGACCUCACCUUAAAUUAGUGAAAACGAUUUGUUAGACAAAGUAUAAACCAAGUUUUGAUCGAUUAAAAACCAGCUCUCUUUGUGCCUGCUGUUUUUGCCUCAUGUGGAUCAUGUAGUCCUAUAUGGUUUGUUGAUAUAUAUAUUUAAUUCUUUUUCAGA